AUGCGACACAAGCAGCACUGGGACAUCAUGCAGUCUGCAUCUGAAAAGUGUCGUUUCUGUGGAGAAGUAGGAACUAUUAAGUAUUAUUACCUUGGAUUGCACAGCAAAGUUAAGCAGUGGACAGAGGACCCAGACAUGUGUUCAAAGAUGACAGCUCACUGGUCAGAGAAGGAACACUGGAUAAAUGGAAAUGAUGAUGGCUGGAAGAUCAAGAAGGAGGUCUGGGAUGGAUCUAGAUUUGCAGAACUGGCUUGGUUCUGGGACUCUGAUAAAAGUUGGUGUUUGCCUGCAAGAUGUGUCAGAGAGGGCUGCAAGAAUGUUUUGAGUGCUGAUGAAGUAUUGCAAGCCACUGCUCGGCCCAAUGGAAAUAGAGAACUCUACUGUGAAUGUUGCUGUACCAAAUUUCUUCAUCAACCUGUGUUUGUAAAAGGUGACCCAAGGAACAUUGCAUACAUAGGUUACUUAAAGGUAGUUUACGAUAAGCAUGAUACAUAAUAAUUAUUAUUUGAUUAAAAUAGUGCUACUUUAAUUGUAUCCUUCUUCCCCUGCAACAAAAUAAUGAGUCACAUCGUUUUUUCAACAUCCAUCUUUGUCAGUACAUAAGACAACAACACUGUUACUCUACUUCUUCCAUUGCAAUAAAACUGUAAUUUAUUGUAGACUGAUGCAAGACUUCCCAUUGCAUUUUCUUCAACACUGUUUUCAUCAUGUUAAUGUUUAUCCUUUUUGCUCCUUUAUGUUGUACUUCAACUAAAACUAUUCAUUUGUCAUUUAUUCAUUGUACACUGUAUGCUUUUCAGGUCACUGGGAUGGCUUUCAGCCAUUUGGAAGGAAAUUUUUAUUUAUUUUAUUUUAUUUUAUUUGCCACACUAAUUACAAAAAAUAUAGGAAAAGAAGAAGAAAAAAAAAAAAGAAGUGGCGAGGAGACCUAACAGAAACUAUAGGAGCUUAUGAGAGGUUAGGCCUCCUCGAACUAUGAGCUAGAGCUGUUUCACAUCAAUUGAAGAGAAGAAGGCGAAAAGUCGAAGAUGGAAAGAUUUAUAAACUGUUUUCAUACUUACUCAAUAAUUUAAUCUUCAGUUUUUUCUUAAAAGAGGAGAGGGAUUGAGAGUUGAUGAUCUUGUUGUCAAGUGAAUUAAAAAACUUAGGCCCUUGAAAAAAGGGCGAGAACUUCUUCGUGUUUGUACGACAAUACGGUAGACGGUAGGCCUGGGAAUUUCUUGUAUUGUAAGAGUGGAAUUGAUUGCUUUGAGAGAAAUUGUUAUUAAACUUUGGAGGUAAGAAUGAAUUUUUGCAAGAAUACAUAAAUUGGCCCAGUUGAAGCAAAUGGAUAUCAUUAAAUUUUAGUAUACCGAGGUCCUUAAAGAUGGGGUCAGUAUGAGCAUUAAAAUGUGAUUUAUUAAUAAUUCUAAUAAUGCGCUUUUGCAGGAUAACAAGGCGGCGGAGAUUAGUUUUACAGGUCGAAGCCCAAACGAUAUUGCAGUAGUAAAAAUAAGGAUAAAUUAAAUCACGUGGUACUGGUACUGGUAAGGUUAAUUCUAUUGGAUCUAUUCAAAUCUUACAGUUAGUCAGUAUCAAUGGUUGAGGAUACUCCGUAAUUGAAAAGUAUUGCAUGUGCUGCAUACAAUAAUUAUUUUGUAACAAAGUGAAUAUUUUCUGAGCACCCAAGACCCUGCAUACAAAUAUGAGCAAACAUUUGCAAUUCUUCCCUGACUAACAAUGCAACCUGUUUACUUACUUACAAUUAUGAUAGGUGCAAUAGAUGUCUCAGUGGCAACAGUGGCAAAGGAACAACGCUUACAGACAGGUGAAGUCUACACAGUUGGAUUUGUGCCAUCUUAUGACCUGCCUGAUGCACGGCCAAACUCCAUUGACCCAUUUCUUGAACCACUUGUCAGUGAUAUUGAAAAUGGAUUUAUUGAAGGUAAACUAAUAAAUUUAGGUGUGGACAUAAGCUAUUUGUCACUGUGUGAAUGAGUCAACAAAAGACAUUUUUAAUUAUAAUUACUAUGACAAGGACACUUGUAGCUUUGUACAAUAUUGUUAUUUUAGGGCACUUUCCAUUUGUCAGAACUGACCAGUCUGGCUGGUCAGUUUAUAAACAAAACAUACCAAUUUGAAAGAUAUGUUUUAUCCUCGUUCCUUACAUUUCUUCAAAAUAGAGCAUAUAAUUUUGAGACUUACAGUUUUGGAGCACUGUCCAUACAAAAUGACGCAUUUAAUUUACAGACUGGACUGUCUGGCUUACCGGUUGUGGCAAAUGGAAGGCGCUCUCAGUCUCCUGGAAUGCUAUUGCUGGCACACCAAAAAGAAGACAGUGUUCACCAGUUUGAGUCCUAACACGUGUAGGGGUCAAUGACAUCAUGCAACAAUGUGAGCCAAGCUGUUGAGUGACAUGCAUUUAUAACUUUUAGACCCCACCCUAGCACUUCUGACUAAAAAUGUCAUUUCAUUAUAUGUUUUUAGGAUACCAAGUCAAUUAUGCAGGAUCACUUCCAAAUUUUCCUCCUGCCAAAAUCACAAUUCGGCACAUUAUACUGCUUUGGACAGGAGACCAUCCUGCUCAGUGUGAGGUGUGUAAGACAAAGGGUGCUGGAGGAAGAAAAGGCUGCCAAAGAUGUCAUAUAUGUGGUAAGUGAUGGAAGUUUUGGGCAGUGCAAAUGCCAAUGCCCAUUUCUUUUCAGUCUACUUGACAGUAUGUGCUAGGUAAUGUAUUGUCUCAAUUCCAAACGGUAAUGAAAGCACAUGUUUGCUAACUUGAAUAAUACAUUAUUUCUUGGUUACUCCAUUAUAUAUAGGCACAUGGCUGAGUGAACACAACCACAACUACUACCCAAACUUCAGGAAGCAAUACAGAUACCCUUAUCAAAAGAGGUUGCUUGAGGAAGAAUUGCCAAUGAUGAAGGCAUUAGAAGAGGAAGAAAGACCUACCUAUUUCCAAAGAAUAAGCAAGGAAAGUGGUCUGCUGGGGUUAUCAGUGCUUCAUAGGCUUUAUCCUCUUUAUGGAUUUGAUGUUCUCAGGGACUCAGUCUUUGAUGCUAUGCACCUGUUACCUCUCAAUGUGGUCAAGAAUAACAUUGAGCGAUGGAUUUCUAAAGACUAUUUUGCCAAAAAAGACCUGGACACCAACUUGGCAAAAAUGCCAUGGACCACAGGUACAGUACAUGUAAAUGAAAUCAUUCAAAACAUAAAUAAGUAUUCAGAUUGUUGACUUUUUACUGAAGUCAAGUCUAAAGCAAAACCUUUCUGUGCUGAUUUUAAUAAGCUGCUGUUGUUGUUUUCCAUAACUUUACAGACCAAAGAGAUCAUGUGCUAGAUUACAAUAUUCAGUAACAGCUAAAUUGCCAGAAUUUUCUUCCACAGUCAGUUUAGUCAGUUCUCGUUUUUUUAUUUAUGUUUACUUCUUGAAACAAAGUCAUAAUUUUUCAGAAACCUUAUGCAUAAAUGAUGAUUAAAUUAAAAUAUAUUUCACUCAUAUGAGCUUGAAAUGUAUAAUUCCUUUACAACUACUUCAAUUGCUACAGCAAUCAGACUUAGGUAACAGUAUGAUUCACUUAACACAAUAAUAUUAUUUUAUAGAUUAUCGUGCAUCCCGCCUUCCUUUGGAUACUGAUUCAAUGGGUUACUGGACAUGUAAGCUCAUUUAUUGGAUUUCUAUUAUAUUGUCAGUCUGGAGAGGGUAAAUUACAAUAUAUAAAAAAUUAAUGUAGACUUCAGAGAACUCAACUAUAAUGUUCGAAGGGUCAACAGCUGUUUUGCCAUGUAUCUACAGUUGUACACUGUGUGCAGAAUAUUUUUCUUUCACAGUGUGAACUUUUAUAAAGGGAUAUAUUUCUUGAAAUUAUGGAAAUUUUGCACGACCAUAAGCCAGCUGCAAAAAGGAUGUUUACUGCUUUACAUACUUAAAAAUAGCCAUGACACUCAAUCAUAACUAACUUAAGGGUCCUUACACUGUGAAUAAGUCAUCCUCUUGAUAAUGUUUACACUAUUAUAUAACCUAACAGCAACCUGUUCCUGGUUUUCUCUUGAAGCGGAGGAAUACCAGAAACUGGCUUUUCCAGCAUCAGAGUUUGUCUUGAAUGGAUUGCUCCCUGAGGAAGAAUUGAAACUGUGGGCACCUGUUCCAAGAAUGGUUGAGUUUGUCUUCAAUUCAGGUAGAAAUGGCUGGAGUGAAGAAAUGCUUGACAACUUUAGAUGCCUUGCUUGGAGGUAUUGCAUUUUAUGUGAAGAGCAAUACGGAGCUAAUGCAUGUGUAAUAAAUCUACAUAACUUGACACACUUGCCUGAAGACAUUCAGAGAUUUUCAGCACCAGAUAAUUUCUGGUGUUUUGAAUUUGAAAGGGCUGUGAAGAGGUAUGUGCAGCAAAGUAGCAAUAAAAAGCACAUUGAAAAAUCCUUUGCCCGCAGAGAAAGUCAAAGAGAAUUCCUAAACUUUCAGCAAGACCUUAAGCUGAUCUCAUCUGAAAGGUGCAGAUUUACUUGGGCUAAAGACAAGGACAAGGUAAUUGUAAUAGACCAAAAUUAUGAUAAUGGAACCAAUGCAAAUACGGCCACUAGAUUUAGUUUACAUGAAAUUUAUCCUGACUAUAUGACCUUGCUUGAGGUUGAUAGGACCAAUUUGAAUAUAAACAAAGGAUAUUAAUAAAACUAGUGGCCACUUUUGCAUUGGGUAAAUUACGUAGCAGAUUACUUUUAUGUUCAAGUUAUAUUGAAGCACUCAUUAAUUAAAUGGUGGCACACUGACAGUCACCCAAGUAUGAAUGCUUAUGCACAGACAAUUGAGGAGAACGAUUAUAUUAUUUUUCAUCACUGGGCAUUAGAGAAGUUAACAGUUCUUUGCUGUGAAACAUUGUAAGGAUUGGUUGUUUCUAAAUGCCUUUUGUUUUAUCUUUGUUGUGAAUGGGGUUUUUGUGGCUCAGUUCUAUCUUUGUAUUUAGUUUUUUGGUAUGAUUUGCAUGUAUAUGUAUUUUAGUUGUAGGUUAAAAUAAAUCCAGAGGUUAAAAUGAUUUUUCAAACUAGGGUGAUUUGUCUUUUCCUUUGUUUAAGGAUUUUGUAUUUACAUUUGGAACAAAGGAAAAAUAUACAAAUCAACCUUAAGUUUGACAUCAGUUUAACCUGGGAUUCAUUUUAAACUAAAACAUAUACAAAGGAAUUAAUUAAAGGAUAUUAAACCUGAAGUAUAAAAUAAAACCACAUAUUACACCUAAUAUCCAUUUCAAUUUGUUUGUAGUAAUUCAUGCCGACUUGGAAUAACUGUCUUACUUGCCAAAAUAGAAUAAUUUUAUUACUUGUUAUUUUGUAAGUGGACUAUCUCCAGAAUGCUUGCACGUGCAUGUAUAAUAAAAACAAGUGACACAGCAGUUGCAGUUUUUCUUCAGAAUGCAUUUCAGAGUAGCUUUACAGUAGUUAGAUGUAAUUCCCUUUUUGAUUGUGCUCAUUGAUUUAGGUAACUGCAUCAUCUUUGGAAGGAGCCAAGUACCUCAUAAAAAUUUGUUCUGGUGGCCCACUAGCUGACAAAGUGAAUCAGGGAGUCUUGAUUGGUGCUGGCCAUUUCCACAUGAUGUCUCGUCAAGAGAGGCAAAUGAUUCUAGAAUAUUUACAGCGUGUCACAGCAGAUGAUGUGGAUGAAGCUGUUGAGUCCUUCCGCAGUGCAUUUCUACCCAUGCAUUGCAAACCAAUGGGUGGAAAGCUUUACAGAAAAGGCGAUUUUGUUGCUGGAGUCCAAGCAGGGGCUGAAAUUUUUUUCAAGAUAGAGAACUUCUUCUUGGUUAAAGUUAACAAUGACUAUCAAUCACUAGUUUUUGGUGACACUUUUCAAUUGAUUACUAAUCCUGGUGGUGCUGUUUCAAGGCAUCCUAUUAGUGAUACUGUUUAUAUUCAACCUGCACACUCUUGUGUCUGUGUAGGUCUAAAUGAUCUCAGACGAGAGAUCAUGUUGUUUCCGGAGACAGGUAACAAGUAUGCAGUGGUAGAUCCCUUCCGGAGAACUGUGAACCUCCCCAAGGUGAUUGUACCUGUUUACCCUCAAGUUGGUGAUUUUGUGUCUGUGAUUGGUGAUGAUGAGGAUGACCCAUGGAGGGCACUAAUAACAGAAGUGAAUUACCAUAGAUCAACGGUGGGAGGUUAUUUCUAUGUAAAUCAUCCCAAUUUUGAUGCUAACCACCUCUGGGUAAGAGAGAGGCGACAAAGGAAGGAGACUAUUCAUUUCAACAGUCUUUUGUCCAUUGUGAAUGGUGAAUGGGUGGGUAAUGCGUGGAGAGACACUUGA